CAGGCCUAUUUUACCCGAGGACUUAGUUCGGGCCUUGUGGCCUAGAUCGGGCCUGAGCCGGACCGUCACGACUGCUGGACCGGGACCAGCCCAUAACCAACCCUACUUCACGAGCGACAAGUGGGAAGCGAAGCGGAGGAGGGUCUCUAAUGGCGAAGGAGGUGGCGGCGCUGGAGAAGGGCGCGGCGUGCUGCGGCUGGAGCCGCUCCGGCGAGAGGCUCGCCGUGGGCUCCGUCAAUGGCUCCGUCUCCAUCUACAACUCCUCCUCCUCUCCCUCCUCCAAGUGGAAGGCGCACGCGAGUGGCGUCGUUGAUGUUGUGUGGCUUCCUCCCGAGUGUGGCGAUGCUUUGGCUUGCAUAUCCGGUGAUGGAACCUUAUCUCUGUGGGAGGAGGUCGAAGAAGGUUCUCAACCUGUAACAUGGAAGAUGUGCAAGCUCUUUGACAGCAGUAGUUAUCAAAUACUUGAUGUACAAUUUGGAGUAUUUUCGACAAGCAUUAAAAUGGUUGUCGCCUAUUCAGAUUGCCAUGUCAAGAUCUAUGAGCUGCUGGACCUGUUGGAAUUAGACAAGUGGCAGCUUCAGGCAGAGUUCCAAAACGUGACUGAUUCAGUUUCCAGGUUCGGUCGGCCAUCUUGUUUGUCUGCGUCAAUUGCGUGGAAUCCGCAAAGAGGCGAAAAUCAGCAGGCUAGUUUUGUUCUGGGCUUCAAUUCAGAUUUGCCUCAGUUCAACUCCCCUAAGAUUUGGGAGUUUGAAGAGGCUCAUCAGCGAUGGCUACCGGUUGCUGAGCUGGUUUUAUCUGAGGACGAGGGCGAUAGGGUACAUGCUGUAGCUUGGGCUCCCAAUAUAGGCAGGCCAUAUGAGAUUAUAGCUGUUGCCACUUGCAAGGGUAUCGCAGUUUGGCAUAUAGGAUUGAACCCUGAAUCUGACGGAAGGCUUCCAACAGAAAAGGUUGCGUUACUCUCUGGCCACGAUGAUGAGGUGUGGCAAUUGGAGUGGGACAUGGGAGGCAUGACUCUUGCGUCGACAGGGGCUGAUGACAUGGUUAGGCUCUGGCAAUGCAACUUAAAUGGAGUUUGGCAUGAGCAAGCUACACUAGAUUGCAGUUGAGUCCAGAGUUUUUGCAAUUGAACCAACAAUAGAUGGGCUCCGGUAAACUUUAUAUUCUGUUAUCCUAAGACCAUUUACAAGUUCAUAUCUUUUUCGCAUUAAUCGUCGCAUUCCUUCUUUCUUUUUUUUAUUUUUUAUUUGUUUUCUGAAGCACUCAAUAUUAAUGGUUCUCAAAGUCCAAAAAAAGAUCUAUGGUCCCUACUCUUUGAUGCUGGACAACGGGUCAUAUAGGUUCGGUUGGAAAGGCAUCUCCUUUUCACCUUGGUCUCUCUUUGCAUUUAUUGCCCUAAAAAAAUUUAUUUUGCAAAUAUGACCCUAUCAAAAUUAUAAAUGUAGAAAUGGUACGGUGAAUUUUCACAUUA